UACUCCGCAGUAGACGCGCAUGUUAAUCGCGCCAAAAUUUUCCCGCGCUGAUUUGACAUUUCCGCACGUACGUUUUUAAACUGUAAUUAUAAACGUCCACAAAAGAGGCUUCAUACUGAAAGAUAAAAAAUGGCCACUACGGUGACACAGAAAAAUGGGAACGCACAAAAUUUAAUAAAACAAGCACCUUGGACGGACGAACAAGGCAUCACAAUGAAGGUGUACCAGGGGGUCAUGAUGGCACUGGAGAUUCUGGUACUCAUCGUCAAGAUGUACGCCACCUGGUUCUACUGCAUCUAUCGCUUCUUCGUACCCCCCGAGCAGAAGAGCGUGAGUGGGGAAAUUGUACUUAUUACGGGAGCAGGCCACGGUAUGGGCCGAGAGAUGGCGCUGCGGUUCGGCAAACUCGGUAGCAUCGUGGUUUGCGUGGAUAUCAACCCCGCUGGCAACCAGGAGACCGUGGAACUUGUGAAGGAGAACAAGGGGAAAGCACAUAGCUACCGCUGUGACGUCACAGAUCGCGAAGCAAUCAACGAACUCAUAGAGAAAAUCCGCAAGGAGGUCGGCGAGGUGACUAUACUGGUGAACAAUGCUGGCCUGAUGCCUUGCAAGCCGCUGCUCCAGACCAAUGAGAAGGAGAUACGAACUGCCUUCGAAGUUAAUGUCCUUGCUCAUUUAUGGCUGCUUCAAGCGGUACUCCCAUCCAUGAUGGAGCGGAACCACGGGCACAUAGUGGCCAUGUCUUCAAUGGCGGGGGUGCUCGGCCUACGGAAUCUUGUCCCGUACUGCGGCACCAAGUUCGCGGUGCGCGGCAUGAUGGAGGCGCUGCAUGAGGAGCUUCGGGAGGACCCGAGGGACUUUAGCGGGAUUAAGCUGACUUGCAUCUGCCCGUACAUAGUGGACACAGGCCUUUGCAAGAACCCAAAGAUCAAGUUCCCUUCACUGAUGAAGAUCAUCUCGCCAUCCGAAGCCGCUGAUAACAUCCUGGACGCUGUGAGGAGGAACUAUUCUGAGAUCACGAUACCCAGCUCUCUAUAUUACAUUAACCAGAUGUUUAGAAUGUUCCCCCGGCCUGUACCUCUGCACCUGAAAGAUUUCCUGGACUCUGGUUUGGAAGCGCAGUAAGAACUACGGUAACUUGUUAACGGUGGUGUGGGACCAAUUAUUUGUAAGUAGGCGAAGUAAGGAUAUGUUGCAAUGUACAGGGUGGACUUAAAUUGAUUGCUAAAACUAUAAUAUUUUGCUGGAAUAACUGAAGAAACAAUUUAAUAGAAGUGUGUAAAGAAAUCGAAUUUGAAUGAAAUUUUUUAUAACAUUGUUACUACAAAUUAGAAGUGUAUAAAUAAUAACGGAAUUUGAUUGAAAUAUAAAGACCUCAUUUAUGGGUUUAAUGCAAAGGUGGACUUAUUUAAUGUCAUAUGUGAUCGAAAAGAUUUGUGAGGAAUGGCAAUACAAAAAAUAUUUAUUUUAUCAUGGUAAAAUAAUAAUUUUUUAUACACAACUUUAGGUUUUAUAGCUGGCUUGAAGCCGAAAUCGAUAGACUAUGCAAUUUUGUUGAUGCAACUAAAAUUGUAUCGUUUUUUGAUUAUUAAAUAUAAUAAGUUUUGUAAUUUUCAAGAAUUAUGUAUAAGCUUCAAGUAAAUAAGCGAAAGCGGUCCACUGCUCAAGAAAAUGUAUUUUACGAAGAAAAAAUUUGAUAGAUCUUGAUAAAAUUUAGAUGGUAGCAAAAAUAAAGUUUCGAUUAUUUUGAAAAUAUAAGUUUUGUUACAUGCAUUUUCUAGAAGUGGUUUAUGUCCAAGAUAUGCCUUUUCACACGUAAAAAUCGAUAUAAUGGUGUAAAAUCAUUAAUUGUCAUUUUGCGUGUGUAAAGAGAACUUAGGCAUUGAUAUAGAGAGAGGCGAGUGUGAUACUUUAGUGGUAAGUCUCAUUUUGAAAUUUCUGUUGUAUACAUGUUUUCUAUUCAAAUUCAUAUAUCGAAUUCGAACAACGUCUUAAAUUCAAACGACUUAGUUAAGUUAGUUUUAAGAAGAACGAAUGAACCAAGAAUGGACAUAUUAUGUAUUUCUUAUACUUUAAAAAAUAUCGACUUUUAUAAAAAAAAAUAACAUUUUAUGAAGGCAUUUAAUCGAGCUUUUAAAUGAAAUGUUUUUGAUUUUUAAAUUUUUCUACUAUAUCACAUUUGUAUGAAGUGCCAUUAUAUUUAUUAUCUGUGGUAUCUUGACUGAUCUAUUGUCUAUGCAACCGUAUUAUUGUGAAGACCGUAUUAUUGUGCUUGAUCCGUUAAUUAUUAUUGCAUGAAUUG